ACAAGACCAAGAGCCCCCCCCCUUCUUUCUCUCUCUUUCUCUCUGUAACUUUACAAAACAUUAUUCAGCUAUAUAAUCAAUUUCAUAUAGAGAGGGUUCCAAUUCUCUCUCUAGGGUUUCAGAUUCUCUUCCAAUCUCUCUGAGAGAUAUACUUUCUAGAGGGAGAAAAAAGCUUAGCAUUUUUUUUUUUGUUCUUUAUGAAUUAUGCGGAAUUCAAGCUGAUUCUUUCACUUCACUCGUACCUCAGAUUCGGAUCUUUCACGAUCUUCACAGUUCAGUUUCGAUCCGAUUAUAUGUGGAGCUGAACCUGGAAGAUUAAUGAACCGAUCUGUAAUAGCUUGAAAGAUUAUAUUAAUUGAAUCAGCUCUCAUUCGGUCACUUUAAAGGAUUAAUUUUCGUAAUCACAUUAAUGGAUCUGUCUUCGUGAUGUGUUGGAUUGGAGUCGACUACUUUGAGAGGCAAAAAGGUGGCAAUUGAAGCUGGGGGUCAUCCUUUUAGAUGGUAUGCAACAGUAGCUUUAGGUUCGUGAUUCUUCAAGCUGGGCAUAUUGAGAGAUUCACCUGGGGAAGGGUUCAAUUGAGCAACUUAGGAAGAAGUUUGAAUGCAACUUGGGCUCAGACAUAUUCCAAAGGUCACAAAUUUACCAAGAGAGGAGAGAUGAUGGUUGAUUCUGGUGCAACUGCUAAAGGAGGGCCUACUGUUGAUAUCUUGCGUGAGAAAGAUGAUGAUCGCAGCUAUGCCAGUGGAGGGUGGAAAAGGUGUGAAGACAGAAGAUUGAGCUGUGGAUAUUCAAGUUUUAGGGGGAAGAGAGCUAGCAUGGAGGAUUUCUUUGAUGUUAAGACUUCCAAGAUUAAUGGACAAACAGUCUGCAUGUUUGGGAUAUUUGAUGGUCAUGGUGGCUCUCGUGCGGCGGAAUUUCUGAAGGAACAUCUCUUUGAGAAUCUGAUGAAGCAUCCACAAUUUCUAACGAACACCAAAUUGGCUAUAAGUGAAACAUAUCAACAAACAGACAUGGAUUUCUUGGAGUCUGAAAAGGACACUUUUCGCGAUGAUGGUUCUACUGCUUCCGCAGCAGUUCUGGUUGGUAACCACUUGUAUGUUGCCAAUGUUGGAGAUUCACGGACUGUAAUAUCAAAGGCUGGCAAAGCAAUACCACUUUCUGAGGAUCAUAAACCAAAUAGAAGUGAUGAGCGGAAAAGAAUUGAAAGUGCAGGAGGUGUAAUAAUGUGGGCAGGCACUUGGAGAGUUGGGGGUGUCUUAGCAAUGUCCCGUGCUUUUGGUAACCGUAUGUUGAAGCAAUUUGUUGUGGCAGAGCCUGAGAUCCAGGAUCAAGAGAUUGAUGCAGAAUUUGAAUUGCUUGUGCUUGCAAGUGAUGGGCUGUGGGACGUGGUUCCGAAUGAGGAUGCUGUGUCAAUUGCACGAACAGAAGAAGAACCUGAGGCUGCAGCUCAGAAGUUAACGGAGGCUGCUUUCUCACGUGGCAGCGCUGACAAUAUCACCUGUAUUGUCGUAAAGUUUCACCAUGAAAAAGCAGAUCCAACUCCAUUCCAACCCUCCCAGUCCUGGAGCCAGCCCUCCCAAUUUCCAUCCCCAUCUCCGUGUCAGCCCCAGACCUCGACCUCCCAGUCCCAGCCCCACCAGCCCGAGCCUGAGCCUGAGCCCGAGCCCGAGCCCGAGCCCCAGCCCCAGCACCAGCACCAGACUCUGACCUCCCAGUCCUAGCCUGAGACAGAGACCUCCCAGUCCCAGCCCCAGCCCCUGCACCAGCACCAGACCCUAACCUCCCAGUCCCAGCCCGAGAUGGAGACCUCCCAGUCCCAGUCCCAGCCCCAGCCCCGGCCCCGGCCCCAGCCCCAGAAACAGAACCAGCCUCAUCAUGAUUAGAGAGAAUUCAGUUAAACAUUUCACAAGGAAUACCAAAAACAGUUUGUUAGUGCAAAGCUUGAGAUCUUGACAUGCAAUGGCUCAGACUGCAAGAGGGAAUUUGUUUAUUCAUUGGUUUGUUUCUAGUUUUGCAUUUUUGUUUUUGCUUUGUUGUUUUUAUUGAGUGAACAUGGGACCUGUAACUUUGUUUAUUCCAGCACAUGUUUAUAUAUAUAGUUCUGCGCUCUUCGUUGCAGUAGAGGUGUUAUAUCUGGGUAAUCUAAUUGGUAGUUCAAUAAAAA